AUGAUUGCAAUUGGUGGUCAAAUGGCAGGAGAUCAUCACGGUAACCCUGCAAUGAGAUCAUUUCGUCGUAGCAGCUUGGCUGCAUUUCGUCGUAGUAGCUUCAGUAAUUUAUACCAGUCGUGUACAGGACGAAGAAAAGCAAGUAGUAUUAAGAAAAUGACAGAUACUACUACUAGUGGAAAUGGAUCAGAAGUAGUGGAUAAAGAUCUAGAAGCAUUUUGUUUAGCACCAACAGUAUCCAUUAAAUCAUCCUCACCAGAUGAAGAUGAAGCUGGACCAAGCAGUAAACAGCUUUCAAGGCCUGUGAUAAGAAGAGCGCCAGGAGCAUCAGGAACACAAAUUUUACGACGUGCAGAAUCACAUUCUUCGUUUUUGGCACGCUUAAGUGGUCGAUUAAGACGAUCGUUUCAUCUGUCUUCUAGCAAACGAGAACAAACCGAUAAGGUUACAACAAGCAGCGACGUGGCGAGCGGCGAAACUUCUACACCAAUACUGCUUUUUGAGAGAACAUUCACGGGUUCUGCAAACAUCACAAUAGACAAUAAUGAUGAAGCAUAUAGCAGCAUUGAAGUGGUGCAACAAGUUUUGCGUCGGAAUAGAUCUGAUGAAAUAAAACGCCUUCUGCGCAAAACGAAUUGGCCAGUAGGUCAUGAAGUACGAGCAAAUUUGUGGCAAGCAAUUUGUAGAUCUAACAAUGCAGAUUUUGAUGCGUACAGAGGUAGUUAUGGUCCAGAAACCUAUGGAUGGGAAGAACUUGAUGGCAAUUUUACUCCGAAAGUGCGUUUUCUGCUCUCUCCAGAUACUAUAAAGAAUAAUUAUCAGUUAAAUCCAAAUGGGUUAGCAGCAUUACAUCGUCUCAUUCGCGCUUUAGAUGAUUCAUUCCCGACUCUAAACUAUGCUCCUAUGAUCCGACCUAUACUUGCAUUGUUCUUACAUUAUAUGAAUGAAGAGGAUGCGUAUGCUUGUGCUUUUCGAAUUUUAAAGAAUCAUUUGAAUUAUAUGAAAGACUCAGCUGUAGCUAAUACAGCUUCAUCAUAUACUUUACUUGCACUGGUCAAGAUUUAUAAAGUAGGAGUUUAUAGAACAAUGAAGAAUUGGAUUGGUUCGUCUGACGAAAGUGUUUUGGCGAAAGCUUUGCAUAAUUGGCCAAAAUGGAUAUUCUGCUAUCUAUCAUUUGAAUAUUUGAUUUGUAUUAUUGAUUGCUACCUAUAUGAAGGAUACAAGUUACUAAUGAGAAUUGCAAUAACGUUACUUAACACCUGGCAUAAAAACGCAACAAUUCCUGAGGAUUUGUGUGAUAAAACGUAUGAAGAACGAGUAGAUUUGUUUAUGACGAAUUUUCAAGAAAUUAUAAAACGUGAAGAUAUUUCAAUCACAGCUUUGCUUGAAGCUGCUAAAGGGAUUCGGAAUUUCAGUAGUGCUAAGAUUGCGCGACUUCAGGAGAAAUAUGAGAAAAUAGUUUUAGAAACUGAAGGUUCCGUUCUUCCAAUACCAGAUAUACCUGCUAUGCAUACAAAACCUUUCAUCUCGUUUAUAAUAUCACCUGAGAUAGCCUUUAAUUUAAUGUGCCAACUACCAGAAAGAUAUCAGCUCAGAACGCCACUGCUAAUUUAUCAUCUUUUUGAUGAUGGAACUUCUUUCAGUCAUCUUUGGAGCAAAAUUGACAAAGCGGAAUCAACUUUAAUGGUUAUCAAGACAGACAAAGAUGAAGUUUUGGGAGCUUACUGCGAUGAAGCAUGGGAAAAUCGAACAAAAGCGCAUGAGCGAGAGUCUGGGAUAUAUUUUGGUGGUGGUCGUUCUUUUGUAUGGAAUUUGAAUGAAAACGAUCAGCUAAAUAUAUUUCGGUGGCAAGAAGAUCAGGCAGAAUGUUUUAUGGCUGCACCUUAUGAUCCAGAUCCUGUUGUUAUGAUGAUUGGAGGAAAUGCAAUAUAUAUUCGAGAUCAGUUAUUAAUUGGUUCAAGUUUGGCUGGCAAUACUUUUCGAAAUCCGGAAUUAGUGAAUGGUGGUACAUUUAAAAUUAAGGAUCUUGAGGUGAAUACUUGUUAA